AUGUCCUCCCCGUCAUCCGAGCCGCAAUACUCCUUUGCCACCGAAGAAGAGAUCAACUCCUUCGGCAAACAUCUGUACAAAUCCAAACGGAUCCUCGCUCUAUGCGGUGCUGGUCUCUCAGCCGCGUCCGGUAUCCCCACCUUUCGAGGAUCCGGUGCUUUGUGGCGUGGCCAUAAAGCAGCGCAUCUUUCGAGUAUCGAAGCUUUUGAGGCGAAUCCGGGGCUGGUGUGGAAGUACAUGAUGGAUGGGAGACAUCUUGCGUUGCAGGCGAAACCGAAUGCUGGACAUGAGGCCCUGGCCAAAUUGGCGAAGAAGAAGAAGAAGGGAUUUGUUUGUUUGACGCAAAAUAUUGAUGGACUUUCUGAAAGAGCCAAGCACCCAAGGGAUCGACUCUAUUCAUUACAUGGCUCCCUCCUGGAUAUAAAAUGUUCCAAUUGCUCGUGCGACUAUUAUGACAAAGAAAAUUUGAAGGAUCCUCUAACUCCAGACUUAACCGGCGAUGAUAACCUUGCAUCGUUCUCCUCGACAGCAACGUCCGAACCCACCACUAGCCUCACCUCCCAGUUAUUCUCUAUGACCAUCCAGGAGUCCAAAAAGCCGGUAAUCCCGACCUCGAAAUUGCCCCACUGCCCUAAGUGCUCCUCUGUGCUACGCCCUGCUGUCGUUUGGUUCGGCGAGUCACUUUCUCAGACAAUGUUUGAUGAGAUCAAUGCGUGGCUUGACGCAGAGAAAAGGCUGGAUCUGAUGAUGGUCAUCGGCACCAUGGCCGAAGUCUACCCGGCUGCGAGGUUCGUACAGCUUGCUAAGGACAAAGGGGCGAGGAUUGCCGUCGUUAAUCUUGAUGGGGGCCAUUUGGGGGGAAUUCAGUUGAGGAAACAAGAUUGGUUGUUCGAGGGUGAUGCAGCGGAGAUUUUGCCAGUGUUGUUUGAAGGAACCCUGGAGAAUUGAGGUGCUGAGAUAAUAUCUUAUAAGCUACCGGUUAUCACAAUAAGACAAC